AUGAAAGAUGCUUUGGUCCAACUAAUGAAGUGCGCUUCUGGGCUAGUACAAGUUGGGCUUUCAAAAUACAGCCCACUAACUUAUGGGCUCAUGUCAAAAAUGCCUUUAGUCCAAAAUAUGUGUUAUGGAUACUUCAUCUUCUCACAUUUUCUCUCCAUUCCUUGCUUCCUUUAUGGCAUUGUUCCACCUUUGUGCUUCUUGAUGGGCACUCCAGUGUUUCCCAAGGUGACAAGCCCAUGGUUUGCACUAUUCACAACCAUAUUCUUAUCAUCUUUGGCUCAACAUUUAUAUGAAGGCGAAGUCUUGUCUAGUGGAGGCAACUUAAGGACAUGGUGGAAUGAACAAAGAAUUUGGAUAAUAAAAACAGUCACAGCUUGCUUAUUUGGAUGCUUAGAUGUUUUAAUGAAGUGGCUAGGUGUUGCAAAGGCAAAUUUCAGGUUAACAAACAAAGCCAUAGAUGAAGAGAAAUUAAGGAAAUAUGAAAAGGGUAAAUUUGAUUUCCAAGGUGCUAAGUUGUUUAUGGUUCCUUUGACAUUUUUAGUGGUGUUUAAUUUGGUAUGUUUCAUAUUUGGAAUGAAAAGAUUGGUCUUAGAGAGGAACUUUGAGGAGAUGUUUGGACAAGGUUUCCUUUCUUUUUAUGUCUUGGUUCUUAGUUAUCCUAUAUUAGAGGGUUUAGUAGUAUCAAAGAAAGACAAGUAA